AUGAAUACAAGGAUGUUGUAUAUUUUUCCCUCGCACAGUUGUGUUAGUGAACAACAAAGGAAAAAUAUCCCGCUUUGCUUGGAAAAUUCCAAAGCAAAGAAUAAAAACGAUUGCCUAAAACGCUUAGUGGAAGCGGGAAUUAAAUUAUGUGAAACUAAUUUCGAGCCUUCGAGUUUUCCUUUUGAUAAUUACUAUUUGUUUUUCACUUUAUAUUUCCCCGACUGUGUCGAUGUAAUUCUCGUUGUUGUAUUCUGGAACAAAAAGUAA